UUUUUGUAAAUAACCACUAAUGGAACACUAACGUCCGUUAUCUAUAAGGGAAUUUAAUGUUAAUAAACAGUAACUGAGGGGUACUCGGUAUAUUUUCAAAAGUGCGAGGGUACCCCGUGAAUUUUGUGAAAACUCGGGGGGCAUUUGGUGAAAAACCCGUAAAAAGAAACAAAUGGAGUAUGUCGUGACUUGUGACAGCUGCAAUUAACGAAACAAAUAGUAAUGAAAAUCGACACAAAAAUCAAUGUGGUUCACUAACAAUGCGUAAGCCACAUCCACAUGCAGAAGAGAAACAAUUUUAUUCACUUUAACAGAGAGUAUCGAUUAGUAGGCAACUGGGUUGUUUUAAACAAAAAAAAAAAAAGAAAAGGACAUCAUCAGGUGAAAUAAAAGAAGAGCAAGUUUGCGCUUAGUAGGCAACUGCAGUGUGCAUAUAUAAGAAUCAUCAGCUUCUUCAGUUGCAUCUUUCAUCUUAUUCUUCAUUUCUUUGGUAUUGAAAUUCAUAGAAAUACUUAAAAGAUGAAUGAAACAACGACGACGAAAACAACAGAAGACAUGGAAAUGGAAAUAACAGAGACAUCUCCUUCCAAUGCAGCAGCAGCAGCAACAACAACAACAACAACAACAACAACAGAGACAUCUCCUUCCAAUGCAAACACAACAGAGACAUCUCCUUCCAAUGCAACAACAACAACAACAACAAAAACAACAACAACAACAACAACAGCAGCAGCAGGUGAUUUCCUUGCAUUGGCUCGUCAACUCAUGGAGCAGGACAGGACUACUCAAGCUUUUCAAACGGUUGUUAUGGGUGUGAGAAGAGAAGGAGGACAGGAGGCUGUCUACGAUAUCUUGCAACGUGCACGUCACCUAUAUAGGUCAAGUCUAAAGGCGAGUGCAAGUGCUGAAGCUGAUCAACUUGCUUCUUUAUUUGCUGACUGUGUAAUUGCUGAAGCUCAGCACAUAGGAACCCAACCACCAUCAUCCCCCCUACCAUUACGCUCAUCAUCACCAGCACCACCAAGUGUGUCUGUCUCUGAAUCUGAUUCUUAUGAAAAGUCAAUUUUGGCAGAGACAGGAAGAAAGCAAAUUGUGCUCGAAGCCUUCUCGGAUGGCAUUAGUUUCAUCUGUUUGCGGUGUGGUGGUCUUGUUCGCAUCCAUCUUAAAGAUGAACAUUAUACUAACUGGUGUCGGAUCUAAGUGCAUCUUGAGAAUAUUUGUUGUGAUAAUGGUCCUGUUAAUAACCAUCGUAAAGAUAAACAUAACGCGAGGCGCUUUGUAAAGCUGAUAUAUACAAUGUCAACAUAAAUUUGUUUGGUUUUUUUGUAGAAGAUGCUAUGCUUUGGUUGUAUGAGAGAAAAGGAUUGCUGCUAUAUGCUUAGGCGAGGCUGUAGAAGGUGUUAAGUACAUUGUUUACAAUAUUAUAGAAUUGUGUUUUGUUUCAAGCCAGCUUUGGAAUAUCUUCAGAUUUUCUCACA